CCCAUCUGCGGAGGAGGAGGAGGAGGCGGCGGCGCUGUGCGGGCUCAGAAGGAGUCUGGCGAGAGCGGGUUCCUCCCGAAGGCUGCGCGGAAGCGAGGACGAGGCUCGGCGAGGUCGGGACUGUCUUUCCUUCCAAACUCCCAGGGGGAUUUUGAAGGCUUGGGAAGGGACCGAGAGGUGCUAUUCUUCUUAGAGAGGAGAUCAAGAAAUCAUGGCCGAGAAGCCUAAACUGUAUUACUUUAAUGGACGAGGCCGAAUGGAACAGAUACGAUGGUUAUUAGCAGCUGCUGGCGUGGAGUUUGAAGAGGAAUUUUUGGAGACAAGAGAGCAAUAUGAGAAUCUGCUUCAAGAUGGCUCCCUCCUGUUUCAGCAAACGCCCAUGGUGGAAAUUGACGGGAUGAAGUUGGUGCAGACACGAGCCAUCCUCCGUUACAUUGCCACGAAGUACAACUUGUAUGGGAAGGACCUGAAGGAGAGAGCAUUAAUUGACAUGUAUGUGGAAGGAACAAUAGACCUGUCUCUCUUUAUUUUGCCAUUCCCUUUCUUGUCACCAGAGGAUAAAGAGCGCCAACUUGCUACAAUCAAAGACAAAGCAACAAAAAGAUAUUUUCCAGUUUAUGAAAAAGUGCUGAAGGAUCAUGGACAAGACUUCCUUGUUGGCAAUCAGUUCAGCUUGGCAGACGUACACCUCUUUGAAACUAUCUUAAUGGUAGAGGAAAAGUCUUCCACUAUCCUGAAUGAAUUUCCUCAGUUGCAGGCUUUUAAAACAAGGAUCAGUCAGAUUCCCACAAUUAAGAAGUUUCUGGAACCAGGAAGCCAGAGGAAACCUGUCCCUGAUGAUAAAUAUGUGGAGACCGUGAGAAGAGUUCUCCAGAUGUACCAUCAGUUGAAGGCACAUGCAUGAAAGUCCAUAAAGUUGUUCUGGUGAUUUCACACAACUACAAGCGCUGAUACGCCUAAUACAAAACCCAUCCUUUCACAUUAGAGACAAGAGUACCAUGUAACCUUUGCAAACUGGAGUAUGGACUGUGAAAACAGGCUUCUUAUAUAGAUGCUAGUGAUAGCUGUAGCAAAGAAAGAGCAUAAUGAGGGGGAUUUGAAAAAAGCAUUUUUACUGAUUAAGGUCAACAUUCACCAAGAGAACAAUAUUUUAAAGAAGGGGUACUAAAUUCCAGGCCACCUGUGACUUCUAAUCUUUUUUCGGUGACUUGAUAGCCUCCCUGAAAUUAUACUGUUGAGAUUUAGUGACCAAUUUCCAAAACUUGAGCUCACAAGUUUUGGUAGAAAACAAAAUGUAGGUUGGACAAAAAAGUUAAUUCUCCUAAUAACUAAACCAAAGAUACAAUCCUCUUGAAGAAAUUCUGCCCUACUGUUCGGCAUAAUGCCAUGGCAUUAUUACCCAGGCCACUGCAGCCUUCAACUAACAACCCCCCCACCUUUUUUUUUUUUUUUUUGGUAAAAUGUGGCCUGGCUACCAAAAAUUGCCUGCUGAUUUUAAAGAGUAUUAUGAAUUGUUAUCGCAUUGUGUGAAGCAAUAUUUUUUUUUAGUAGUCCAAUCAAAUAAAGCUUAGCAAGAAAUAGAAAGAACCAUUUUCUAUCUAGCAAUGUAUUUUUUCAACAUAAGGUUUUUGUUGUAAAACCUUCUUUUUUCCUUCUGCUUUGUUUCUGUUGUAUCAAACCAUAGUGUAGUUCCUUGGUUUUGGUUCAGAGUGCUUUGCAAAUUCAGCCAUUGUGGCAUAUUCAACAAACCAUGACUUAGCACAAUGUUAAAUAUAACAUAAGAAAUAAUGCUCAAAUUAAAUAUGCUUAGGAUUGAAACAUUUAUGUCCAGAUUUCCAUAGUAUUUUAUCAAUCUCCUAAAAUGCAUAUACAUAUGUCAGUAUUAUAUUAAGUUUACAUUUACUUUGUGAUAUUCAUUAGUAUAGUAUCUACUUUUCUUGUAUUGACCUGUUGCUACCAUACUUUGGAAAUUUUUUCUGUUCCUAGUAAAUUGUUUUUC